AUGACGGGCUCUGGCGCUGUAGACGGCAUGGCGGACGGACCGGACGACGAUGACAUCGAGGAAGUACCUCGCGAGGAUAUAUACAAUUGCGACACCCCACAUGGGCAGCAGGAAAAUACAGCGCCACUACCGUCGAAACGUAAGGCAAGCACAUCAACCCCGCCGACUUCUACCUCCGCUUUCACUGGACUGGAUAUCAUCGCGCCGCAGGGGAGAAUGAAGGGAGCACCGUCUAAUAAGCGCCCUUGCUCCAGUGGGAUCUCUGCUACAUCCGACAGCAACGACCGUACAGUCGUAGACGAGAAGGCCUUGCGGUCGCAAGAUCCAGAUACAAGCUCAAGGACGCCGCCGGACUUGAAGAAGGGCAUUCAGCAUAAAGCUACUGCUGCAAGCCAGAACAUAUUCGGUCUUGAAUAUCAUAACGCUGACGGAAAGGACUCAGGAAAUCUUGUCGAGACCUGUGCGGCUAAAGACAUGGCAGACCAACACCAACUCAUCGAACUCACCACAGUGCUACGGGAUAUCGCCUUUUCUUUUCUUGAACAUAGAACAAGUAAAGACCGGAAAGCAGAUGCCAUGAAGUUUAGACAGCUUCUUGGUGAAAUUGGAGUUAUGGAACCAAGGGUUCACGAUGCCGUAGUCGCAGGCUAUGAAACGACUUUCUUGAGUCUUCCCCGUGAGAUUCGCGACGAGAUCUACAAACUGUCACUCGUCGCUGUUGUUAAAGAUCAGCAGCCACGUAUCUCUUUCGAUCGCCUCACCCCUGAGAGACUGAAGAUACUGAAAGCUCGGAAGGGAGGACUGAUACCGUUCAGCAAUUCGACACUUCUCCGUGAAAGGGGCAUUGUGGUGAACCUUCUACAUACUAGUCGACAAGUCAAACUUGAAGCGGAAGAGAUCUUCUACAAGUACAACGGCUUCUCAUUUCCAUACCGGUUCCACAAAGAGAUCGACGACGGAUGCUCGCUCCAAAUGUUUCACUUAAUCUUAUCGUCAUCUGCUUUCGCCAACAUUCGAAGCUUGAAACUAGGACUCAGCACAUUGGACGGUCCAAGAUGGGAAGAGAAGUACCCAAAGCAUCCGCAGGCUCUCAAAUCUGCCGAGUUAGACUAUCUCAAAGAAAUCGAUCCUCAGCACCGGAUCGAGUAUGCGCAGAUAUGCCAUACUCGUGAUGGUAUUGUUGCGGAUAGGAAUCUUUGGCUUUUCGCGACUUGGGUGAACAAGCUCGAUCAUGUAUUCAAGAUGCCAGCUCUCAAAGACCUGACCAUCGCAAUGCGAGAAAUGGAUCUUUGGAUCUAUGACGACCGCGAUAUCCCUGGAAUCAAUCCUAGGAGGGCAGCGACGCAAGUUCUGCUGACUCGGAUGAGAGAUCGGAAGAAGAGUGGGCUUGGCUGCAUCCUGGUCAGUGUCGAUGGGGGGGUCAAAUUGUUCGAGAUGCCUGGACUCUGGAAACCAGUACAGCGCGGGCACAUAUCUCUCGAGGCAACUACGGAGGACUGUGACUUGAACUAUUCGGUUGACAAGGACUGGAGUCACUCGGAUCUCACAGAAUCGGAAGGUCUUUCUUGGAUUGGGACGCCUAGGCCCAUCAAUGAUGUGACCCUACACCGGAAUGGCGAAAGAUUUAGUUGGCAUUAUCGUACCAGCCAGCAAUAA